UGCUGUAAUGCAAUGUAAAGUCCUUCCUAAUCUUAUUGGCUUCACUCUCUCCUGUGAUAAACCUGAACAUCCUAUUACAGUAUUACGCUUAAAUUCAUUCUCAAAAGCAAAAUAGUUCCCUAUUCGAUUUCCAUGCACUGUUGACAAGCUUUUUUGAAAUUUCAUCAAGGUUCACUACAAUUAAUCAUUCAGUAUGGAUUUACCUUUAUUGGUGUUUCGUGGUAAAGGGGAACACUCUUUAAUUUUAUCCGAGUGGAAUCCAGAAGUUCAAUUCUCUGAAGAGAAAAUGACAGCACGAUCGUUGCAUGCUCCACCGAAUAAACCAUGUCGUGCAAUGAAAUUUAGCAAUAAAGGAUUCAUGUUCGUGUAUUGUGAUAGUGAGAAAACCUAUGUUUAUAACACCGUGACGUUAAAAGAACUAGCAACUUUACCACUGGCGAAAACGUGCGGCCUUAAUUUUUCUCCGGACGACAAAAUUCUGUGCACUUUGGAGCCGUUUUUCACGUCAAAAGAACUCCCAGAAGGGAAAAAGAAUUUGAAAAUUUGGGAUACGUCAACUUGGGACUGCUUAGCUGAAAUAAAACAAAAAUCUCAGUCGCUUUGGAGCCCGGUCUGGUUUGGCGAUGCGUCUGUUUGCGCUCGUUUGAUGACGAAUAACAUAUUUUUUUACGCUGGAAAUAAUUUUAACGACGUCGUCACAAAACUACACAUUGACAAGUUAGAAAAUUUUAGUUUAUCGCCAACGACAACAAGUCCCCAUCGGGUGGCAUGCUUUGUCCGUGGAGCUAAAGGUGCACCAUCGUCAGUGAAGAUAUUCAAUUAUCCUAAAUUUGAGCGAGAUGACGUAAUAGCGAGCAAAAGUUUUUUUAAAGCUGAUACGGUGAAAAUCACGUGGAAUCAAAAAGGUACUGCAAUUUUAAUUCGUGCAGCCACAGAAGUUGAUACAACGGGUGCAUCGUACUACGGAGAGCAGUCAUUACAUUACAUGAGUUGUAACGGAGAUACAUCGAUUGUGCAACUACCAAAAAAUGGCCCGAUAUAUGACGUCGCUUGGGACCCCGAUUCGACAAGAUUUUGUGUUACAUACGGAUUCAUGCCUGCGAAAGCAAGCAUAUUCAACCACAAAUGUAAUAUUUUACAUGACUUUGGUCCUUCCCCGAAGAAUAUGUGCGUAUACAACCCGCAAGGCAAUAUAUUGCUAUUGGCUGGGUUUGGAAAUUUGCGGGGAAACAUAGAAGUAUGGCAUAACGACUCUAAAGGUAUAAAGCAAAUUGGCCAGUUGGAGGCGCCAGAUACAACUCAACUUGAAUGGUGUCCAGAUGGGGUGCAUUUUAUCACUGCGACAACAACUCCUAGGUUGAGGGUUAACAACGGUUAUAAAAUAUGGAACUAUUCACGUAGUGCACCCCUAGUGGAGAAAAAAUGGGAAAAUGAACUUCAUGAAGUUUUAUGGCAAAAUUUCCCAGAGGGUUCUUUCAAAAUGCCGGUUAUCAAAAUUGGGGGCGUAUCGGCCCCAAAAGUGGGACUAAAUGCAUCAAAACCGCAAUCAUAUGUUCCUCCUCACGCUAGAGGGCGCUCUGACUAUGACGCAUCCAAGUUCAAACAAGACGAAGAAGAGAUAGCUCAAGCGGAACAAAAUCUUUCAAAGUCUGCGCUCAAAAAUAAGAAAAAGAGAGAAGCAAAGAAGAAGAAAGAGCAACAAGUGCAGCAGCCGGCAAGUAAUUUAUCGUCGAGUCAGCGAGAUGCUGUUGCUAUGGCAAAAUAUUUGCUGAGUAAUAGUGAUGACAAAAAAGGACAGCAAGCAAAAACAACAGCACCACCGGGUGGAGAAAUUGAGAAAAAGAUCAAGAAUUUACGCAAGAAGAUUCAAACAAUUGAAAAAUUGAAAGUUCAACAAAUCGAAGGAAAACAGCUCGAGAAAAACCAAAUUGAGAAAAUUGCAACUGAAAGCGAUUUGAGAGCUCAGUUGAGGGAACUUGAAUUGGGUUAAACUAGGGGAAUUCCCAAUGUUGGUGCAAAUUCUAAAAUUCAUAUCGAGCAAUCUGAUCAUAAUGCUUACUUACGGUAUAUAUUUUUUCCUUUGUUGGGCUAGCAUAUUCGUCCUUGAAGUGCUCCAAUUGGACCCCCAGGGCUCUGUGAGAGAAACCUAUGGGCUCUGCGAGCUAUUCAUUUACUCGUUAAAAUGCUGACUUGGCUAAUUUUGUAACUGUCCAAAGAAGCAAUAACGGCAUUAAUAAAAUUCGACAACGGUAGCGUUGAAAUGUGGCAAAAAGGCGGUAAUAAUUUUUAUAAAUUUAUUUAGGGGUUCUGUAAAUAAUAGUCAACCUCUUCAUGGGCUCCAUGACACCCCUGGGUUAGCAAACUUUUACGAAAUGCCUAUGAAUGCGAAUCGUUUGUUGAAACUUUGAGGAAUCUCCAGUGGAGUAUAAUAAUGUGCGAUUUGAAAUUUUUUUUGAUAUUAUUUGGCCUUGUAUACCCUUUUCUUGAAUAUUUUAUAUGUGUUCUGGACGGCUCUUGGCAUUUUAGUGGGGCACGUAACACUGUUGGAUCAGUCUCCUUUAGAGUUCUAUAUUGACCUUGAGGUCCAUGUCCAUGUUAGGGAGGCAGCAUCAAAUCAAAAAGAUUUCAGUACGUCCAAAGAUAGUUUUUCUGCGAGUGAAAACGUUAUAUGAAAAUAGCCAUUCAUCAUUUGCUACUACUAAAUUGUUGGAAAAUUUUUGAUUCAUUUGUUUUUGCUGACUGUAUAAUUAGUGUCUUGGUCUAGAACAGUGGUUCUCAAACGAUAGGGCGCGCCACAUAAGGCGGGCGUAGACAGUUUUUGAAGGGGGCGUGGAGCAAAUUCAAAAUAAAAACAUUUGUUAGAUUUGAUCUUGCCCGCCUUAUUUUGGAUAUUUAUGUUCCAUUCCAAAUUUUUUAACGUGUUUUUUGAAUAAAACAUACUCUCGCUUUA